AUGCCAGGCUGCUCAGUUGGCCUGGAGGGCGGCUUCAGCAGGCUUUGCGACCCCAAGGUGUUGGCACUGGUGUUCAGACUCAUCUUGGAUGACGAGUUCGAGCUGGCGGGCGGCGAGGGGGACACUGCGAUCUCUGUAGUGGAUAGGCUGGUUGAGUACUUCCACAUUGCCGAGGUGAAGAGAUUUGACGAGUUGAGCAGGUUGAGAUUGCUGCUCGACGUGGAGCGGUUAACGCAGGGUGACUCUAGACAGCUCUACAUACUAUGUAUUCUCGUUGUACGGAUCGGUGUCUUUGGCUUGAAGUCGUCUCUCUGUGCUUCAGCGGUGUCGAUAUUGAACCAGGAGGACCGGCUGGAGUUGGAGCGGGCGAUCUAUGGCGAUGCCGCUGGUGAUGUCCACGUGGAGAACUCCAUCUUGGUUAAGGAGUUGAGGCGGAUGGACUCAGAGCUCCAGCAGAGCAAUGGCAGGGCACAGGCGCUCGAGAAGGAGUUGUGUCGAUUGCAGAGGCUCAACAGCUCCAUGGAGCAGCAUUUGAGGCUGGUUGAUGACGCCAACGGCGCGUUACAACUACACAGGGAUGAAAUAGAGAGGCUAAAGAUUACAAAUAAACGGUACAAAGAUUCUAUUCUCCAGUGGGAGCGAGAUUUCGCCCAGUUGCAACGGUACAACCCACCUUCUCCCACGAGAAGAGUUCGAAUAGCUCAUCAUGACCAUCAGCUCCACAAUCCACAGCAGCAGCAGGAGCUUGUGUACUUGCAAUGGCAGUACAACACCUUGACACAGUGGAUAUCCAAGUUGAUAUAG